AUGGUGGAUCACUUGCUGCCUACUGAUGAAUCCUUUUCAUCUACAAGAUCUUCUCUUGGAUACUUUGGGGACAUGACAGCAGGGGUGAGGUCCUACCAAAUGCUGCCCUCUCCCCUGUCGGAAGAUGACAGCGACUCGUCCAGCUUUUGUUCUUGUUCCAGCCCUGACUCCCAGGUUCUCAGCUCCAGCUAUGGAAGCACGUCCAGUGCGGAAAGUCAGGACAGUAUCUUAGACUAUUUGUUGUCCCAGGCAUCUUUGGGGAACACUGCUGCGUCAUGGUGGGACAAAAGGAGACUUCAGCCGAUAGUGAAAGAGGAGUACUUUAGGUUGCCUGAAUUUGCUGUGGAUAUGGAAGACUCAGGACCAUUUCAGCCCACGCUUGAGGAAAUUGAGGAAUUUCUGGAGGAGAACAUGGAGUUGGAGCUCAAAGAAAGACCUAAAAGUGAGACCAAGGACUUGAGAGCUUGCAGCCAAGUUUCUGUUGCUUCGCUACAGCAAAAAGACCAUAUGUUACCCAGCGCCAGUUUAAAAGAGAGUAAAAAUGAACAGUUGAGCAGCUCAACAGAAGGUGGCCAAGCUUCAAAUGGAGGAAUGUCCCUGGAGAAUGGGAUACCGGUUAUGCUCCAAAUUCAGCCUGUACAGAUCAAACAGGAGUCCAACACAAGCCCUAGUUCCCAAGGACCAGCACAAGAGAAUAUUAAAAUUGCACAGCUCCUAGUCAACAUCCAAGGACAGACAUUUGCCCUUGUGCCUCAGAUAGUUCAGUCGUCCAAUUUGAACUUGUCCUCUAAAUUUGUCCGCAUUGCUCCCGUCCCCAUCGCUGCCAAGCCAAUUGGGCCAGGAGGCAUGAUCCAGGGUCAGACGGGAAUCAUCAUGGGUCAGAAAUUUCAAAAGAACCCUGCAGCAGAACUGAUUAAAAUGCACAAAUGUUCUUUUCCUGGUUGUACCAAGAUGUACACGAAAAGCAGCCAUUUGAAAGCCCACCUGAGGAGGCAUACAGGAGAAAAGCCUUUUGCAUGCACGUGGCCAGGUUGUGGAUGGAG